UAGAAAGGCCCUUCUCUGUCCCCGUCCCUUUUCCUGUGUGUGUCACUUUCCCUCUGCUUUCUCUUUUCUCUCUUCCUGUACUUCACCCUCUACUGUGUCUGCGAUUUUGUGUUCCUGCGCCUUUCGGCCUCCCCUUGCCCCCUCUUAGCAAGCUCCUCAUCACACUUUCCAUUUCCCCAGUCACUGACCGGGUCAGAGGGAGAGAAGAAUACGGGCGCAGAGAAGAAGGAAGCGUCAAAAUCAAACCGUGGUAUAAAUGAUUGAGCUGGGGCAGAGAUUUGUUGUCUGAAGAAUCCUGUCUUUCUCGUUCCGGCAGUUAAAGGCAGGCGUGAGAGCGAGAGGGAGGGAGCGAUUGAGAGAAAGAAAGCGAGAAGGGAAACACAGGGUAGUCCUGUUCCCAACUGAACAUGAUCAUUCGAACAAAAUGGAUCCAGGAAGCCCCAGCCCUUUCUCAAAACCACCAACCUUGAAUCCAAGAGGAAGUGAUGUCGUACAGAUUGAGGAAGUGCCCCUGAACACUCUGGGGAGGUGGGAUCCAGGAAGAGAUGCAAAAGUGGAGAAGCUGUGGGCUUCUGAGAAAGAGAUCGAGUCAGUGGUUGAUGGAGUAAUACCCACUGCAGUAACACAAAUUAACCACACGGUUGCAGCAGACAAACAGCGGUUCAAUACUAUCGGCUAUGCGAAUGUUCAGACGAGGCUGAGGAACAGUGUGGUUCCUGAAUUUUCCACAGUUAAUAGGGGAUUGUCUGGAAACGUUAGAGCUCGCGGUACUCUGAGACAGGUGUUUUCCCAGGGACUGUCUGAAAGGCCUCCCAUUCCAGAGCUGGAAAUCUUUAAACAAACUCUGCAGUCAUUUCCCAUCCCAGCACUGCCUGACUGGAAGGGAGGUGGUGAUGGAGGAGGAGAUUGGGGAGAAGGAGGAGGAGAAGGUGAAGGAGGAGAAGUAACAGAUGUUACUUUAGAGGGGAGCUGGACUGACAUUGUGCACUCUCACACGUCCAUGAGUAAGAAACGGAGGCACCAGCAGGAGGCGCUGUGGGAACUAAUCCAUACUGAAUUGAGCUACAUUAGAAAGCUUACAAUUGUACAUGAUCUGGCGAUGGCUGCCCUGGUCUAUGUGCGGAAGAAUGGAUUCUUAUCAGAAGUCACCCCAGAGCUCCUCUUUUCAAAUCUUCCUUCCAUACUGCAAGCUCACCGCCUCUUUUGGCAGGAAGUGCUGCUCCCUAUAAUACAGGAAGUCAGGGAGACUGGAAAGCCUUUUGACCCAAUGAAGCUGGAGAGUGGCUGCCUGCAGUUCAGCGAACGCUUCUCUCCCUACCUCCAAUACUGCUGGGAGGAGAAGAGAAUUCUGGAAUUCGCCCGCGAGAAAUCCUCCGACCCUCUGUUCCAGACCUACCAGGAAUGGGUGGAGACUUGCCCGCAGGUUGGUAGGAUGCGGUUAGGCGAAAUGCAGGCCCAGCCCCACCAAAGGAUCACCAAGUACCACCUCUUGCUGGAAGCCAUACUGAAGUACACGCAGGACCGAGUCGAACUGUACUCUGUCCGGAAAAUGCUCACCAGUGUCAAUGGCUUUGUGGACAGCAUCAAUGACUACCUGACAUUCAAGGAUGAUGAGCUUGCCCUCUCUAAAUCAGCUCAGAGAGUGGAAGGCUAUGAGGUGGCGGAGGUGAUGAGUGAAGAAAUCGAAAAGCAUGUAAAGGAAUUCUCCUGUUUCGAUUUGACGAGUCCCAUCCGGGGGUUGGGACCCGGUGAUAUGCGCAAGCUACUUUUAGAGGAGACGCUCAAGAUCAGAGAGAAGAAAGACAACAAGGCGGAGGUGGUUGUGCUGCUGUUCUCAGACGUGCUGCUGGUGGCCAAGGCGCAGAAGAAGUCGGAGAAGCUGAAAGUGGUGCGUCCUCCUAUGGCCCUGGAGAGAAUUCGCUGUGCCAUUUUGAAAGAUGGCUGUUCCUUUGUGCUGGUGGAUAUGGGUGAACUGGGCUGUGCUGUGAAUGUUCACACAGUCUUCACCUCGAGCCCCGAGAGCUGUUCUACUUGGGUCACCGCCAUACUCAAUGCACAGACGUCCCUGGCAGCCGGAAGAGACAGAGAAAUGUCUCACAGAUUGGUGGAAUUCAGGCAGGUUACUUCAGAGAUUGAGAAGCCAAUCCUUCAUCCAUCAGACACCGAAAGGGUAAUCGGAGAGAGAGAGGAACAAGUAAAUCAAUUAGAGGUUGUGCCUGUGAACUCUUUGGGGAAAAAACCAAAAAAGGAAGCCAGUAAAGAACUAUCCGCAAAUGGGACAUUACGUUUGACAGAAGUAGAAAAAAACCCUCAGAACCAAUUGAAAAACUUGAUGUGGGUAGACAGAAACAUCCCAAGCAGCCAAUCAGCACGUGGAAAUUUUGCAAUGGGACGAAGCAACGGGCAAAACAGCCAGUCUGGGAAAAAGGACGUGGUGAUGUCAAAGAGGGAGGCAAAAGAGGACAGUGGCAGUGCCCGAACAGAAUUUUCUGAAAAUUUGCGCCCCGGUAUAACAGAGAGAAGGGUUACAUGGAACCAAACUAGAGGAAAGCCUGACUCUCUUAACCUCAAUAAACCUGUAAUAUCAUCAACAGUUUCUACUAAAGGCCAAUCAAAUGCUUCUCAUUCCCUGUUGCCGGGCAAGCAGGAGAAUCGUGAGAUCACACACAGCGAAUCAGCUCCGAGCCUUGCCUUGCCACCAGAUGAGGAAUUCAACAUGGAUACUUCGGCCAGGGAAUCAGCAUCCAAGGAAAGUCCACUACAGGGAAAAUUCACUAGGAAAGAUUCUGAGGGCCAGUCAUCAGACCAGCAUUCUCGAAAAGACUCUGACAUCAGCCAAUCAGAAGAGGAGUCUUUGAGGUUUUCACGCAGGUUGAUUUCUCCACGUUUACGGAGGAGGCGGCCUGUGGACGUUCAGCAAAGUCCCGGCCUGGGGGUGUUCAGGAAGGGGUCGUUGGAUUUGGGGGAUAGCGUGUUUACGUUUAAUGCUAAUUCCUCCCCCACCUCUGACCCAGACAGCAAGCAAAGAGUUCGCAAGACAGGUCAGAAGCCUGCUCAGAAGUCACACUCUCAUUUAGGUCAUUACAUUAGAAGGAAUCAUGGAGUGCUUCAGAACGGAGCUGCCAAAACAGACCGCCCUGAGCCUGAGCUGUCUAUUGGAUUGCCUGAACAAAGCUCCCAAAAAAGGCAUAAAGUAAGGACCCAAAGGAGUGUGUCAAUUCCAGACAUUAUUAUUCAUGCAGGGAGCCCAGAAGCCCGCAUGUCUCAGUCCUCCCAACCAUACUUCUCUCCGGGGGACCUCUUAGAGCGAGCCCGGGAGCGGGCAAAGGAGAGAACGGGGGAAGCAGCCAAUACAGGGAUGACCAGUAAAAAGAACUUCUUUUUCGACUUAACCCCAUCUCCCUCUCGGUCCACAUCUCCAUCCCUGUCUCCCGAUGAGGCUGAUGUGGAAUUUCCUGGGGCCCUCUCCUCCACUGUUACAAAUUAUGGAGGGGCUGAAAACGAAAAAGAAGAGGAGGGUUACAAAGAGAGGAAGUACAGUAGUAGCUUCCCUUUCCCCGAUGGCGCAAGCGUUGAUGGGUCCGGUUGGUGCAUCGGCGACGACGAGGUCAGGGAUCUCCUGCUUCCCAACGGCAUCGAAGGCGCGGGUGGGGCGGACGACGGGGGGAGUCGAACGCUGACGCUCAGCGACCUCCGGCGCAUCAGCAGACAGGAGGACGGGGAGUGCAGCGAGGUGUAGUGUGUGUGUGUGUGUGUGUGUGUGUAGUGUGUGUGUGAGAGAGAGAGAGAGAGAGAGAGAGAGAGGGAGAGACUGUGCUGGAGGGGAUACAGUGCUCUGAUGGUGAGUGUACUGUCAGUGAGACGCGUGCUGUUCUUGCAGUGAAUGCAAGUAUGUCUGGUGAGUCUCCUCGGAUCACCAGACGUACCAGCAUUAGGGUUAUCCUGACCUGGCGUUGCCAGAAUAUUUCAUUUUUCUGACCCGAGUGAAUGUAACUAGUCUGAAGAUGACCCUCGAAGGUGUAGCAGAACCGAGGGUUGCUUUACAAAAUGAGGCACUUUCUUCCAUACGAUAUCCCCGCAUUGUCAAAUUAUUAUUUAAAUUUUGCAAUAUUUCUUGGUUCUGAGCCUCUGUCAUUCCCAGGGCCGUUUCUCCCUCUGGGGGUUCAUGAUGGCGUAGCAUUGCAGACAUGAGCCAAGCUCCUAACUCCUUACUAAUAUAUGAGAGAACCAAUAAUGUCCUUUCUUCAGUCAGAAAGGAUAUUUUAUCCUCCUAAGAUAUCUGUUCAUUUGGUGUAUCAUAUUAAAACCUUUCUUGUUAAGGAAGCAAAGACAGGGAUCAGCUAUACAAAUAGUCAUGAUGGGACAGGUAAUUACACAAGCUAAUCUUGCUUUAUGAGUUAUUUCUACAUGUAAAUUAAAUGUAAAUAUAUUCAUAAUGGCUAUGUUCCUUUGAGUUAAAUGUUAACUGUAAUUUAUUUUCAAAAGGAAGAUCUCUGAUUAAAUCCAUUUCAUUUUAGAAAUGCAGAACUUAACCUGACUAACAUGUUAAAGAUAUCUUUCUCAAGUUGAAAUAAGAUGCAGUAUUUUAAACCUUUAUAUAAUUUUUUUCAUCUGUUUGUAAAUGAAUAGAGGACAAAAUGUAUUGAUAUAUGUGUCUUUUUAUUGGCAUUUUACACAAGAAAUAAUUGUUUAAAAACAUUAAAAAUGAAAUACAAUUAGGGAAAAAAA